CCUUCUGUGAGACAAUAAGUGUUUUAAGGCCAUAUAUUCUCAGUGACUCCAAAGACAUUGCCACAGUACUGCAUAUUUUCAAUUAGAAGAUAAAUUAUAAGCACUACUGUAUUUUAAAUUUCUAAAUUCAUUUCAGACUUCUUCAUAUUCUGAAGUUCUAACCCAACUCCCCCAAUUUAGGAUCACCAGACUGUCAAUGUUUUUACACUUCAGGAUUCUUCCUGAAGGGGCUUGGCCCUGUAGACACACAGAAAUGGGAAAAAUCCAAUCAGGAUCCACAUAAUAGCAAGCUGGGUCUUUACUAAACCAAACCACAGCUACUAAUAAUCCCUACUAUGAACACAACAGAAACACUAAACACACUUAGUGUUCUGGUCAGAAUCCGGCCUCCAGGGUGGCCACCAGCAGAGGGAGCCCGUCACCUGCUCAGUCCUCCUCAGAGACUAGGGGCUCAUGAGACUCCUGCCCCCUUCUGCUUGCCCUCUGCUUCACCACACGGGAGAUGACACUUGUGUGACAGCAAGGGCAUUAGGGCAUUAGAAAGCCUUCGUACUGAAGACAGAGCCAACUCAAGCUCAAUAGCUUCAUUAGUGUCACAACUACUUAUAAGAGGCUGUACUUCUCUAUUCCUCUCUUCUCUAACCUAGAAAUAAACUUGAAAGAAAACAGUGGUCUUCAAAAGACACUGGGCUGAGGAAACCCAAAGAAUGGUGUCUCCUAGGGCAGUGAACAAGGACAUUUAAGUGUACCAGAACCCCAAAGGCACUAUGGUGGUAAUAGUAACCAAAGUGAGGAAACCCUGAGGGUUAGCUGAAAACCAGGAGCAGGGCAGGGAACAUCUUUGUGAAUGGAUUUUAUAUUUUCUGCAGUUCUGGGGCUUGAAUGCAAGGCUCUCUCAUAAAAGGUAGACACUCUAGCACUGAGCUACAUACCGAGUUCAGGGGUAGGUUUUAUUGAAGGUUCUGAUAAAGGUUCUUUCUCAAAUCCCUGCAGCACACACCUCCUCCAGCCUGGAUGCCCUGCUCCAUCUCCCUGCUCUCCAAGCUGCCCUUCAGGUUUCUGGGGAAACAGGGGUUAUCACCUGUGGCCCGCGGGAAUCCCUAAAAGUGCUUAGUUCUCAGAGACAACUUUGCUGCUUCAAAGUUGCUUUCCUGCGCCAGGGAUUUAGCUCAGUGGUUCCACCGCCUGCCUUGCAAGUGCGAGGUCCUGAGUUCGAUCCCCAGUACCAAAAAAACAAACACACAAAGUUGCUUUCCUUGGUUCUUGAAACUGAUUCUCCUCUACCUCAGUGGCAGCCAUUUUGGAUUUCCUGCCUGGAUUCUCACUUGCUCACUUGCCCUAACUAGUGAGAAAAGAAUGUGUGUAGGCAAAUGUUUUAUCAACUCAUUUUGGGCAUCGAGGGCAGAUUCCACUUGAAAUAGACCUAAAAUUGCCACUGGAAAGAGCAAGGCAGCGGUUUCCAUCAUUGUUCUGUGGACUGACUGAAAGUUCCCUCAGAGACCAGACUCUGAGGCCCACAUAGGCUGUGGAACUGCUCCCAACUCACCCAUAGGAGCUGCCAGGAUAUAGCUUUGAUAUCAGGGAACCAGUUAGAAUGCUCUAAAACAUCAUUCUAUUAUUUAUUAAAACAUAACCACUACUAACCUAAAUCAUAUCCUAUAGGCCUCUGCAACAAUUCCCACAAAAUCCAAAUAUCCUCAUCUCUCCCCAUAAACUCUGAGUAAACUCCCAGAAGAAGUCAUUUGCCCUGUGCUUAUCUGCUAGAGCUUAUCUAAGGGUCCCUACAAAACUACCUUUAUUUGGCUGACUAUUCCCAUACCAACCUUCUUAAAAAGGAGUUAAAUGCUCUAAAAUCAAACAGAAAACAUACAUAACACAUACUUAAAACAGCCAUGUAAACUACCAGAAAUAGGACACCACCACACACCUGGUCUCUGGUCUCCUGGGGAGCCUCUGCUGCUUCUGGGCUUCUCUCCCCUGCCCCUUCACUAUAUACCCUCACCCUGAACAAAGCUUACCACACUAUUUCUACUCCGUUUCCACCCAGGCUGCACAAAACCCCACAAGAGGAGGAAGAAGAUGGGGGAUGAAGAGAAGGAAGCAAAACCACCACCACCACCACACUAUCCAGCUGGCAAAGAAAGCCACAAACUGGACCUUCACAAUUUGUAAUACUAUGUGUGUGACAACCAAUGAAAAUUCCUAGGCAGGCUAAAAGACAGGACCACAUGACUAAAAAACAAAAGACAAGUUGACAACAGAAAGACCCACAGAUAAUCCAGAGACUGCAGUCAUUCUGACAUAAGUCUUUAUGGGCUGUGGUGAGGCAGCACCUUAGGGAGGAGCCCCAGGCCUGACUCCCUGCCCUGCCAGGCUGGAGCACGCCCAAAACCCGAAAGCCGAAAGCUGAAACCCGCUGGCCAGGUAGCGGAGGUGCGGGGACUCAGUGGUGCCACAAGCCACUUUCUUCUUCCUCAAUAACAUCUCCCUGGAUGGCCAGCCCCCUCAGCCUGGGCCCCCAGUGGUAAGAAGACCCUGCGGCUGCCCCUGCUCCCCCCACCAUCCCCCAGCUGAGUGCCAGUGUGGUGCCCCAGGGCCUGCUCAUCCCCACAGCAGCAUUAGAGGAGGCAAGUCACAUCCCAGUGCUGCUCCCUGAAAGACACAGUGGGCUGCACCUCCGUACAGAGAACCAAACAUGUACCUGGGUCGCCUAGACACAAAGGCCUGAAGACCCACUUCAUCAAGAACAUGAGGCAGUAUGACACGAACAGAAGGAUCGUGCUCAUCUGUGCCAAGCGGUCCCUGUGCACGGCCUUCUCAGUCCUGCCCUAUGGAGAAGGCCUUCGGAUCAGUGACCUAAGGGUGGAGAGCCAGAAGCAGAGGCAUCCCUCCGGUGGCGUGUCUGUUUCUUCCGAGUUGGUCUUUGAAUUGGAAGGUGUUGAACUGGAAGCAGAUGGAAAGGUUGUCUCUUACGCAAAGUUCCUGUACCCUACCAAUGCUCUGGUUGCAUACAAGAGUGACAGACAUGGCCUGCCGCCCCAACCUCAGCCCAGCAUCACCCGGGCUCUGCCAGGGUCGAGACACAAACCUGCCAUUGCCAAGAUAACACCAGCUGGCACGGAACUAGGGAGCAAUGGGGGAGACAACCUGGAGUACAACCCCAACCUCCUGGACAACCCACAGUGGCCCUGUGGAAAGCACAAGUGUGUCCUCAUCUUUGCCUCAUACAUGACCACAGUGAUAGAAUGUGUGAAGUCCUCAGACCUCAAGAAGGACAUGAACAAGACCUUCAGAGAAAAGUUUCCACACAUCAAACUGACAUUGAGCAAAAUCAGGAGUAUGAAGUGGAAAAUGAGGAAGCUGUCUGAGAAGUGCAGCCUGGAGCCCGUGACUAUGUCCAUGGCCUAUGUAUACUAUGAGAAGCUCGUACUGCAGGGCAAGCUCAACAAACAGAACUGCAAACUGCACACUGGUGCCUGCGUGCUACUCACUGCCAAGAUCAGCAGUGACCUCCGCAAGAAAGAAGUGAAGCAACUUAACAGGUUGGAAGAAAUAUUCUGAUUCAACAAGUGAGAUCUCAUUGGUUUUUGAGUUCACAGUCCUCGUGGCUUUGAACUGGCCUUGUAUCUUCCAGAGAACCUCACUACAGUGUUACCUCACUACAGACGCCUCACCCAGCAGUUCUAGCCAGGCCACAGCCUCGCAGGAAGGCUAAUCAACAAGGAGGCCCCGGCACUGAGGCCUCCAACAUCUGUGUGUCCACCCCACCUUGCCCACUGCCCUUCUCUCUACGUCUGAGCUCUGUACCCAGUGCACCUCAUUUCUUUAAUCCACGUCUCCUUGGAAAGAGACAUUACUUUCGUCCAUAGUGCACCACACCUCCAAGAGUACCUCUGAGAAUUUCCCUGAAGCUUUACAUGAACACAGUGAAGGGUUUGACUGGUUUCUCAUGUGCCUGAGACCAGCCUGGCACCAGGACCUUUGCAUUUCAUUGUGUGGUGGUGAAGCCUCAUUUCGGACCGUCUU